AUGACUAUUACUGUGUUCCGAAAAGCACGAAAAUGUCAACUUCAUGAUCUUGAAGUAACAACUCAACCAGCAUGGGCACCAACUGGAAGACUGAAUCAAUUCAAUGGAUUCGCCACACCAAGACCUUCUUUGUUACCUGCUAAUGCGCAGAUGGUAUACGCUUCCGUCUGGGCUGCCUGGUCUGCCUGGUCUUUCUGUUCCGACUCGAAACGUAUUCGUGUCCGUGCUUGUAACACCGUUCGUGGCUUCCGAUGUCUCGGUCCAAAUCAACAAACAGAAGCAUGUGAUCCAGCAACAAGUCCAAUUCUUGGAAGACCUCCAAGACCAAAUGCAAUUAAUUCUGAUGAUUAUGAUACGGUAGAUCCAUGGCAAGAGGAUCGAGUGGAAGCAUUGAAACAACUGUAUCCAGAUGAGACUAUCGAUGAAAAAUUGAAUCAUUUGCCAGAUCAUGAAAAGGAGAAAUUGAGAGCAAGGCUGUUGCCACCAACUCAAAUGAGUCAUGAGCUUCUCACUCGACCAGUCAAUGAGCAAGACGGAGCCCCAGGAGCCACUCCAGAACGACUGUUUGGUGCCAGACCAAAGGCGUUUGGCACUAGAACAAGAGCCUUCGCUGUACCGAAUUCUGCUGGUCAAGCUGGAGAGGAAGCUUUGAAAUUUCCAGAACUUUUGAACGAUGACCAAUUCUUCUCUGAUAUUACAAACGAGGACAAGUCGAUUUCUACUCAAGGAAAGCUGGAAGACUUUUCGAAAAUCGAGGACUUCCAGGCAUCAGUUGACGCCGCCGAGGCUAAGCAGAAUCUAGAAGAGUUCGAGAAGUUAGUGGAAGAACACGAGAUUCCUCGGCCACCAAAAAAUAGAGGAGAAGGAACUUUCAGUGCUAAAUCCAAGAAUUCUCAAGCUGCACAAGUACCAGAAGUCAUGGAGAUUUCAGAUGAAAUGCAAAAGCUGUCAGAUUCAAUGGAUGGACCGAAAUUUUCAAAUCAAGGAUUCACAGAGGACGUAUUUGGAAGUAUUGAGGAGUUGAUGAAACCAAUGGAGACUACAAAAACUACAAAGAUGCAGAAGACUACAAAGACUACAACUAUUCCUUCAACUACUACAACUACAACCACUCCCCGCCCAACAACAACAACUCGAACUACCACAACAACAACAACAACCACAACACCUGCUCCAACUACUACAACAACAGAAACAACAACAACUCAACGUCGUACACCAAUGCGUGUAACUCCACGACUACCUACAGUAAUCCCCGAGGAUACUGUAGAAUUGGUGACACCCAGUAUGCCGUCGAAAGUUGAGAAAAUGAAUCCGGAAAUGAUCAACUUCUUUGAGGAGGAAAUGAUGGUGGAGCAGCAGAUGACUACGAAGAAACCUUUUUCAAAAAAGUUCGAAGCUUUAAAAAAUCCCGAUGAACUUGAUUCUCUGGGAACGGGAACUUCGACAACGAUCGGUUCGAUUACUGUAGGCGCUUUGAACUCCGUUCUUUCCAUAGCCAUGGUUGUCGAUGCAUUUUGCGUUCGAAUUCGUGAUUUUUUGCUUUUGAAACAUGGAAUUCUCAUUUAUUGUUACUGUGAAUCCAGUUGGGCAUUCCUCGCGUCUGGACAGAACGAAGUGAUGGUUGGGAAAACUGCCAUUCACUAUGGAGAAGUGAUUCCAAAAAUGAUUCCGACAGCAACUACAACUCAAGCCCCGCCUCCUCCACCGCCGACAACUACAGUAUCUUCUGGAUUCCCGAUUCCAGAAGAGAUAUCACUUGACACGUUGCACGCGUUGGAUUGGAUGCUGGCAAAUAUGACAAAAGCGGCUGAGGAAGAAGGAAUUGCUAAUGGAAACGAGCUCCGCCUCCGUCUCGACAACUCAUCUCCAUCUGAAUCAAUUCCUCCAUCCACCAAAAUUCUCUCCAAAAAACCGAAACCUUCUCAAAAGAAAAAGAAGAAUCGUGUCAAGACCCAUCGUACGAAGAUCAUUCAACUUCACUACGGAGAGGUCGUUCCGGCGGAACAAGCGAAUCGAAAAUUCCCAAAAUUCCGUGCAAAGAAUGCGCAUCGUGCCAAGGUAUACGGAAUCAAGACGUCGUCAAUUCCAGAAGAACAAUUGAAAAUUCAAACGAAGAAAGAGGAAUUGGUGGAUGAAAUCAAUGAUUUGAGAGAUUUAAUGGAACAAAUGGAUGAGAGAAUCGAAUCAAGAUCUGCCCUAAUGGAAGAUAAUUAUGAUAAUAUUCUCAAACCAAAACAUGAGCACGAUUCUCCAUAUCGUCAUCGACAAGUCUAG